UCUGAACACUCAAAUGACACAAUUCAACAGGAGAAUCUGGUUCAUCUCAGUAAUGAUAAUGAAGAGCUUGGGCUUUAUGAAGAAACCUCACAAGGUGUGCCAGACCUUCACAGCCAGAAGUCCUUAUCUAAUGGAUUAAGGGAAUUUGAUAUGUCAACAGGCACUGAGAAAACAGAAUUGAAAGAUGUACAAUUUGGUAUUUUAGAAGAAACUCAGGCUGGAACUGGAGACUCUGAUAGGCCUAAAAGAUUUGGAAACACUCAAGACCAAACAUCAUCUGAAGCAAAAACAAUUUCCCAUCUCCAUGAACCAGUUGAUUAUAUUCAAGAUAGAUAUGUAAUAACUGAUCGGCCUAAAUUUUCAGAAAUUUCCCAAUCAGUAACAGUUUCUGCAGUUAAAGACUCUAUCAAAGGACCACUGAAUGGUGCUCUACAGUCAGGUACACUCCAUACUUUAGGAAACACUUCAGCACUAACAGUUUCUAGCCAAGAUCAAUCAAACACUGAAGUCUCUAACACUACUGCAAAGGAGUUGGCGCAUUUAAAUGAAGACAUGCAAGUAAUGCAAACUCGUAUAACAAAAGAUCAAAAGAAUGUGACAGGCUUGGAACAAACACACCCUCAGAUAAACCCAGUCAUAGCCACAAUUCAUGAAAACCAGACAUUUCAUAACCAAAAUCUUUCAAAUAUCAAUGAGAAUCCUCUUAAUUCAGUUAACGCAAGCAAUAUUGAAGGAAAGCUGACUGAUAAUUUUCAUAAUCAAAAUAAUGAAUUCAAUAAGAACAUUCUUGCAGACAUAUAUCAACAGGAAUUUAAUGAUGCAAAAUCAUUAUCAACACUCCUACCACAAAUUUCAUCUGAAAGCCAUUCUGUAUUUGUAGAAGUUUUGCCUCAGGACCAUAGUUUACAAAGAACUGGUUUGAGUUCAUCCGCUGCUGAAGAAUUAUACAGUCAGAUAAAUGAUGAAACUGAGGCUCAUCACAAAACCCAUUCCAGCCAUUUUCCUGAAAAUGCAGCAACACUUUCAGAACAAAGAGAUAUACCGCUUGCUGGUAUCACAGCAGUUCCUGAAGAGCAGAGGCCAGUUUCUUCUGUAAACAAUGAUCACGUGCUCCACUCCCCCAUUAAAGACUCGGAAGAAUUUCAGUCAGUUCUGUCAGGGCAUCCAGACAAACUGCUUCAUUCGCCUGCUAAAGAAAGUAAAGGGGCUAUAUUAGUUCCAUCUGGUCCAAUUGAAACAUCAGAAGCACCUACUUUAGUUCAUUCUCCCCCAGAAGGUUCACACGAAACAAUUGUACAUCCACAUAACAACAAAUAUCAACACCGCGGUAUUUCCAUUGAGGGCAGAAGUAUGGGUAAUAACCAUGAGAAGGAUAUAAUGACAGUCACUUUACCAAAGCAUCAGCAGGAACUGCUUGCACCUCGACAGCCUAGAAGAUCUCAUGGUGGCCUGACACCAUUAUUCACACCACCAGAAUCAAGAGAGGAUUUGAUCCAUCUCUCUUCUGAUCCUUCUGCAGAAGAGGCAGGAAAGGGGAAAGCAGCCAGACUACCCUACCAGUUUUCCUACAACGUGAAAGACGCAGCUCAGGGCGCAGACUUCGGCCACCAGGAAGGGAGUGAUGGCACCACCGUCAAGGGACAGUAUUUCGUCGUCCUACCUGACGGACGCAGACAGACAGUCCAGUAUCGAGCGGAUCAUGUGAAUGGCUACCAAAGUGAAGUAGAAUACCAGCCUGGGGAUGCGUCUGUUGGAGGAUUUGUCAGCGGAAACGCUCUUGUUCUUGAACAAAUCUUCAACAACAGGAAUAACAAUAAUUGGCUGAAUACAAGUCCUAACAGCAAUAUCAACAACCAAUAUCAAGCAGAGGUGUUACAGACAGAGGAUGCUCUAAACGAAAACAUAGGAAAUCAGGACCAGUAUACCCCCAGCGAAGACGUUCCCAAUGAGCAUCACCAAGAUGGUGGAAGUGACCACAGCAAUUCUCUCGCUGAUGAAGAUUCUGUGCAACCUUUCCAUGUUAGCAAUGAUCACUACCAGACUCCUGUUGAUAAUCAGUUCCAGCAUCUUUCCUCUGGCAAGCAACAGGGAUUCAUUACUGAUGACAGUCACUUUCAUCCAGUUGAUAUUGAUGGUCAAUUUCACACACAGAGUAUUGUAGAUCAAUCUUUUGAAAGUAAUCACUAUCAGUCUUUGAAUACUGAAAAUAAUUUUCAGACAUUAGUAGGAAAUGAACAGUUCUCUCCAUCGAGUAAUGGGAAUCCUUUCCAGCCGGCAAAUGAAGAUCAGCACCAAAAUCAAGAAAGUAAUCAGUUUUUGCAGUCGGAAGAAAUAACGAAUGAUAAAAGCAUCAAGCCUUCUCUUCACUCCAGUCAUCAACCUGGCAAUGGCGUUGACGCACAGUCUGCUCUUGGGGAAAAUCAGUAUCAGCCAGCAGGCAAUGGCGAUCCCCUCCCUGUCAAUGAAGGCAGCGACUUCCAUCAAAUUCAAGAAAACGGAGUCCAAAACCAACCUACAGUUUCAGAUCAGUACGAAGAUAUAAAUGGAAAUGAUCAGUUUGUGUUACAACAUGAAGGAAACCCAUCUGAUAUCUUUGCAAGUUCUGAUCAUACACAGGCCGAUGGCGACCUUAACCAUUUCCCUCAGUCAAGUGGUAGUAGUCCAGUCUAUAAUACUGAUAGUGGGCCUUCGAAUGUCCGAACUGAAAGUAACCCAUUCAUAGUGGAGUUGGAUGUCAAGCCUUUUCACCCUUUUAUCCAAAGUGAUCAGUUUCAACCGUCAUUCCCAAACGACGAUAGCAAUGCCUCCCAGACACAAACUUUCCUUGAUCCGAAUGCAGUUCUAAACAUUGAACAUUCUGAUUUCAGUCCUAGUUAUAGCAGUAACGAAUAUGAACAUUCUAUAGAAACUAUUCAUGACCACACCCCAAAUCAUGAUGCACUACAGCAUAUUAGCGAAGAGAAUUUUCCUCGAAGAAGAGAUGUUCAUCAUAUAAAUCAUACUGUGAGUCAAGUUCCUUCAACAGAGCAUCAGUCCAUAAUGAGACUUGAUGAAGAUGACGACGGAGAUGAUGACUUCCGGGGCCAUUAUGAAAAUGACAGUUCAAGCGAAGUGUCUGAAAUUGAAAGCAACCAGCAUUUCGAAGAUGGAAGUGACCAUAAUGGCGAUGCCACUUCUGAAAAAGAAAACGGAAACAGCUUUCAAGGUGAACAUUCAGACCAGACCAUUCCAGAAGUUCCCGAGGAUGAUAACCAACACAGUGAGACCUCAAAUCAUUAGUCUGAUGCAGCUACAAGGUGUUUAUUUUGAAGAACUAUAUAAAACUCUCCUUUGUUUUCAGAAAAGUGAAGUUCAGUUUAAAUUGCCUGCAGACAACGUUUUGUUGUACUGAACUAGCCACAGAACCAUAAAGCAGCACUUUACAACUUGUUGAGAAGUUCUUGUUCUUAUAAGAUUAUUAGGACAUAAAUGUGAAAGGUAGGCAAAGUCAUGACCUAUAUAAUUACUGAUACAUGGAAGGUAUACGAGACUUUCUUUGUCUGUUCGGGCGUCUCAUUAUCAGAGAUUUCCAGACUGAGUGCCGUGCCAGCAGAAUUUGGGGGAAUUUCCAAAAGUUUCGUAAACGAGAUUUUGCGCAAUAGACGCCCCUCUAUUUUGAGGUAUAAAUUAUGCAAAUUAUGUUAUCAUUUACAAAACCAUAACAGUUCUUUCUGAGAAACAUAACAGGUUAGAACAUUGAAAUGUUAUAAAUUUUCAAAUAUAAUGACCUAUAUAUUCUAAGAUCAUGCCCGGAAUGAAGCCAGAUUGAAUAGGCAGGCAGCUUCAGAUAUUGUAAACAGUCCCAAACAAUACACUAUCGUCGAGAGAAAUGAUUGUGUGGCUUAAAGAACGUGACCUGGAUGCGAAUCUUCUAAGCCGAAGAAUGUCACUCACUGGUGCAGUGAGUGAGUAGCAGCUCCUGUCGCCGCUGGGGGGGAAGGGAGUUGGGGGGGGAGUGAACUGGCUGUCGAAACAACGCUCGAAUGUGCGCUAUCCUCGAUCCAACUCUAUAGAUUGUUGAAAGAAUAUAAUACAAUAUUAUACAAAAAAUUUGAUAGGAAUUACUAGGGUUUUGUUGUAAAUAUUGUAAAUUAAUACGUAUUCUUGUUGAUUGUUGAUAUUUAGUUUACAUAGUCUGCAUUGUAUAUUUAUUUACGAUACUAUUUUUAUACGAAAUCAUGUAAUAUAAUGUUUUGUCACAUUAAACUUGCU